GCUUUUGCAGAUGCGCAUGACCUUUCAUCGCACGAAACGCCUUCGACAAGUUUUAUGUACAUAACACCUGCAGGAAGACGUUCUCAACCAAAGAAUAAUGGCUUCCAAAGAUCAGUUCUCACCAAACUGGAAACAUUAAUUGAUAAGCAAGAAGAAGCGUUGUCAAUAUUGCGUGCUCUGUUAAGCGCUACGAAAGGUGUAGACGAGCACGAAAUUUUGGAAGAUGUUCUACCUAAUCCCUUAGAUUCGGUUGAAGAACUUGAGGACCUAUUCUCUAGUCUUGAUGAAGAAAAGUCCAGAAGAAAGUUGCUGCAGUUUUUGGUAGCACUGUGCGCAAACACCUUUGCAAACAGUGUUAGAAGAAUUAUGACAAAGCUGGGAACAAAUAAUCUAUGGUCCCAAUAUAGUUUAAAAGGCACGAAGUCAAAGCGAACAUUUCAACACCUUGCCCUCUGCAAAGUUAUAACAAAAGCGUGCGUCAAAGCCAUAAAUGAUGCAGCGAGGUCAACGUUGAAGAGCAAAUUGCCGAAUUUUUAAAAUAUGCUCCAGGCAAGCAAGGUGGUUCCAGAUUUAGGGUAACAUGUCAUUAUCAUCAUAGAUUGCUGGGUGUAAAGUAUAUAGAUGCCAUUUUUACUUUGUUUGAUUUUCUAAACUUAGACAGGGAGAACUCAACUUAUUUUACUCCGUAAUCUCAUAGUUAACAUAUUUGUAUUUUCUUGUCUGUGUAAGUUGAGAAAAAUACACAAUAAAAUUAUUGGCAUGUGCACUUAUAAAGAAAGUGAGCAUGUGUCUUUCAUUGUCCUUCAAUUAUAAGUAAAGCAAAAUAAAAUGGAUACAUACAUAUA